CUCCCUUUCUCCCUCCCGGCCACACGCCCACCACCAGCUCUCUUUCUCCCCCCCCCCGCUUGCGCCUGCCACCCCACCCAAGCAAAGGGGUGCAAGUAGGUGCCGGCUGCUUCGCUCGGCAGCCAGCCUGCCUUCCGGAUCUCCUUCCCCGGGACUGAGGCGAGAGGACAGUAGCCCCCCCUCCCCACGCCGCCUCCGCUCCUCUCCUUCGAGCUUCUAACAAAGGCCGGCGCACGAGGCGAGGGCGGCAGCGAGGGGUGUCCGCCGUCCGGAUGCGGUGAGAGCGGCUGGUGAAAGCGAGGAGGGCAAGGGAGAGGGGAGACGGCGCUCUCGCCAUCGCUUGAGCUUCCAGCAUGGGCUGCUGCACCGGCCGCUGCGCCCUGAUCUUCCUUUGCACCCUGCAGCUGUUAGCUGCAGUGGAGAGACAGAUCUUUGACUUCCUUGGAUUCCAGUGGGCACCUAUCCUUGGUAAUUUCCUGCACAUAAUAGUUGUCAUAUUGGGUUUGUUUGGAACGAUACAAUACAGACCUCGUUAUAUAGUUGUGUACUCAGUAUGGACUGCUCUCUGGGUCACAUGGAAUGUUUUCAUUAUCUGCUUCUAUUUGGAAGUAGGUGGGCUUUCUAAGGAAACAGAUCUCAUGACCUUUAACAUCUCAAUGCAUCGAUCUUGGUGGCGAGAACAUGGACCAGGUUGCAUACGAAGAGUGGUGCGUCCUUCAGCUCCUGGGAUCCUAGAUGAUUUUUCUUAUGUCUCUGUGACAGGCUGCAUCAUUGACUUCCAAUACCUGGAGGUCAUUCACAGUGCCAUCCAAAUACUACUGUCUUUGAUUGGUUUUGUUUAUGCCUGUUACGUGAUCAGCAUUUUCAUGGAGGAAGAGGACAGCUGUAAGUACUGAUACACACCAUCUUUGGAGCCACAAUCCUGGGGUCGACAUAAAUGAGGAUCAUUGAUGCAGCAUUCCUGCUUAGCAGUAUUUUGCUGAGGAGUCGGAUUUCUCAAAGAAGACAAGGCUUCAAGCAAGACUGUCUCGUAGAAGAGACACAUCACAAAUUUAUCCUGGAAUGUGGGUUUUCUUCCACCAGGAUGUGACUGAAUUCCUCAGUUGCAUUUCAACGUGUCUUCUUAUUGUUGUUAGGUGGAUCCUUGUUAGAUUAUCUUGAAUUUUCUUUUCAUUAUUCACUUUUAUGGACACUUGUAAAUUGUAACUUUUUUCUGUUCAAUUUUUUUAAAAAAAACAAAUAUCUAGUAUUUAAGGCAUGGAAUAACUGAAUGUGUGAAAAAUGUCUUUUUUCCAGAAAUUCAACCAGUAUUUUUGACUAAUACAAUUAUACUAUACCUGCAUGUGCUAGUGGUAAUUUGUUGCACAUAUGUCCCCAAAACUACAAGGUUGUGUGGUGGCUGGGAGUAGAAGAGAUAAAAGUGGGACACAAUAUCACAUGAAGCACUCAUUGUGUCGUUAAAGUGUUAUGUUUAAUUUACUGUGCAACAUAAGAUUUGACCCGUAGCAGAUAUUUUCCAGCUUUUACAAGGAUUGGCACAAAUAUUUCAACAGUGCACUGUGUCAUGUCUACUCUGAAGCAAGCCCCACUGAGUUCUGUGAGACUAAAUCCCAGGUAAGUUGUGUAAGACUAUAACUGCCAUGUUCUAACAGCGUGGGUCUGUGCCUAUUUAUUCACAACUCAAUCCCAAUGAGGACAAUGGUAUUUGCUCCCUAGUAAAUAUGCAGAAGGAUUUCAACCUAAUUCACAUGUGAAUUUUUCUCCCUAUUGGCCUUUUGCCCUGCUUGGCUGGCGUAAAAUGGGCUGAGUUGAGAUGAGUGUGUUCAACUAGGCUGAUGGGGGUAGACAGCUGUGCCCCAUCCUUCACAUGGUGGUCCCUAUAGUCCUCUGAAAAUGCUAUGCAGAGGACUGUUCUUGAAGAUGAUGAGCUGUGGUGCAGGGAGGAUUGGUAGCAGGGUCCUGAAAAUCAGGCAGGGGUGCUCUUCACAUGCUCUCUGUGCCACACUACUGACAAA